CUUACAGAGGGACCCUUUAAGCAACCUUGAACCCCACCAAAAGCCCGCUCUUAUUCAGCUGCAUCUAUCUGCGUCUGUUUGCAUCCUCUUUCUUUUCCUAGAUUUCUAUCACUUCACGAACAUAACAUCCUGUACUAGUACCACAGUUUACUGCAGUACACAUACAAACGACAACAUAACCUCCGGUUCUUUCGUCUCUCACGAUACCAAAUCCAGUCCUUAAACGCUAAGCUACCUAAGCCAUGGCCCCUACAUCACCUCAAGAAAGAUUCGACCAAGGCAAAAAGCACGCGGCCCUCCUCCGAGCGCUGCUUUCACACCCAGCCAUGGUCUACAAACCCGACGGAUCGCCGGACAGAACCAAGAUCCAUCCGACCCUGUUCAACGUGACCGAUUUCGAAAUGUCAACCUACACAAAGUACAUUUUACCUUUACUUCCAGAAAAUGCGCACGAAAACUGUCACGCUUUAUCGUUUCAGCCGGGUGGUCCGACGGGGCCAGAAAACAUGGACAAGCUCGCCGAUGACCUGUAUCCCCGCAUGUCGGGCGGGGGCAUGAGGCAGAAAUGGAUCGAUGCCACGAGUCGAGGGUUUAUGAUUUCGUCUAUUAUUCUGGAUAAGAAUAAGCAGAUGUUGUUUGGGGGGUCGUUUGAUUUUGGGGAUGAGGUUGAGGCUGCGGCUAGGGCGUUAACCUGAAUGCUGGCCAGGGCAGGACAGGGCAGGAAAAGAAAGAAAGACUAUGUUGUCUUUUCUACCAAAAAUAAUGUAUGAGUACAACUUACCAGGGAAAUGACACGAUGGGGAGCAGCUACUGCAGGACGGUGCAUAUACUAUGAAUCCGGGUUUUCGAUUACCAAAAUAUCACAUGAUCAUUGCGUUAUGGCGUAUUAGAGUCUUCAUUGAGCGGCA